CCCCUGCCCCGGGCUGAUAAAGGGGCCCCGGGCCGCGCCAGGCCCAGACCGCGGAUCCCGCCUGCUGCCCCGUCCAAGAGUGCUCGGCCCGCCCCACCAUGAGGCUCUUCCUGUCGCUGCCGGUCGUGCUGGUGGCCCUGUGGCUGGUGUCCGAAGGCCCAGCCCCUGCACAGGCGGCCCCGGAUCUCUCCAGCACUUUGGAGGGGAUCCCCGACAAGCUGAAGGAGCUCCCCAGCAAGCUCAAGGAGAUCGGGAAGACCCUGGGGGAGGGGACCCGGUCGGUUGUCACCCGCAUCAAAGAGAGUGAGAUCACUACCAAAGCAAGGAACUGGUUCCAUGAAACACUCGAGAAAAUGAAGGAGAAAUGGAGAAAUAACUUCUGAGCAUCGGGAGGGAGCCCUGAGUUUUCUUCCCCACUAUGCCAGGGUCCCUGCACCCCACCAAUAAAAAACUCUGCAGAA